UCAGUCUGCAUAUAGUACGGCCCUGGGACACAGCCCAGGCGUCUUUAGCCUCGUUUCCUCAUUAGCAUUUGCGACCAGGCUAACACGGGGUGCUGUGUACAGUAAGGAUGUGGGUCUGUGUGUGGCUGGUGGCCCUGUGUGUGUGUUGGCAUGGGGGUAGCCCCACCCCGGUGACCCCUGCGGUGGGGUGCCAGGGCCCGGAGGUCCUGAGGGCGGCGGAGGAAGGCCUGGACCAGAUCAAUUCUGACCUCACCGAAGGAUUCAUCCUCAGCCUCAACAGAGUCUAUGAUGUCAGCCAGCAGACAGGGGAAGGAGCAGUGCUGUUCAACCUGACCAUAGACGUGCUGGAGACAAAGUGUCAUGUGAUCAGCAGGAAGCCGUGGAAGAAAUGUGAAGUAAAGGAUGUAGAUGACGUACCAGUGUAUGGGCAUUGUGUGGCGUUUAUCUCUGUUGGGAAGAGUGUGGAACUGCGCAGCUAUAAAUGUGCCAUCCAACAAGUGCCUGCCACGGUCAUCGUCGACACGUGUCCAGACUGUCCAACAGUAGUGCAGCUGGAUGACCCCAUCAUAGCGGAGACGGCCAAUCUGAUCCUCCAGAAAUACAACAGAAUGAAUCGCCUGCCAAACUACUUCACCCUCCUCAACGUAACAGGAGCUAGCAUGCAGUAUAUUUCAAGUUCAAAGUAUACUGCUUCGUCUUCACAGUGGGUGGUGGGUCCGGCCUACUUUGUAGAGUUCACCAUCAGAGAAACAGUCUGUGCUAAGGACACUCCUGACGUCGAUCUGACCCAGUGUAAAAUGAUGGACUGUGAAUUUGCACACAAAGCCUUUUGCACAGGCUCUCACACCACUCUGGAUGAUGGCACGUUUCAGACCAAACUCUACAUCGAGGUCAAGUGUGAAAUCUUUGAACCAGAGGGUGCCAAGGCAGAGGAGGAGGCCCAUGUCAGAGGAGACAGUGGGCAUCAGAGUGAAGAUGAGGACCAUAAACACGCGCACACACACCUGCACCCCUAUGAGCACCACCACCACCCCCCCAACUCCAAUCAGGCUUCCCCCAGACUGAAGGGCUCGUUGGGUAUAGUGGUGGUUCUACCUCCCCCUCGUGUGCCACCACCUCCAAGAGCCUCACCAGCAGCAAGCAACUGUCCAGCCAAGAGGAAAACUAACCUGGGACUGGAUAGGUUUCCAAUUUGAUUGAUAAACAUCUUCCGUUACUGCAAUAACAGCUUAUUAACACUUUCCUGAGAUACAAAGCUACUUUGGUAACAAAGGAAAACUGAAAGAACUAUGACUCAAAACACUUCCCCUAUUUUGCCCUGGCUGGACAAUGUUCACCUUUUUUGUUGUUGUUGUUGCUAUCUCAGUUCACAUAUGUAAAGAAUUUUACAACAUUGUACUGUUUGAUAAUAACUAUGAUAGCUAGUAAAUUUAUCAGAGCAAUAAAUGUAUAGUUUAGUCUA